AUGAGGGUUCGUUUGGAUCUAGAUAACGCCACUGAGGCAGAUGUGGGCAAGGCGACCGAAGAUGAUUUUGAUAAUUUGUCCCAAGAUGCACAACGUCGCCAGAUUGAACUUAUGAAAAUUAGGAACGCCAGCCUUAGUGCUGAGGCUGAGAAACUGAGGGCUGAGAACGCAAAGACUAAAGCUGAGACUAAGGAACUGAGGGAUCAGAACGCCAAGCUUCAAGCUGAAAUCGACGAGCUGAAGGCCAGUCAGGACGGUGAUUGUCAUAAAACAAAAUGCCGUGAGAAAGAAAAGGCAGCCUAUUACUGUGGAAUCAAAGUAGAAGGAGAUGCCAUGGUGCACCUUGGUCAUGUUUUCUAUGGGUGA